AUGGAUCGCAAUACCACUCCCCGAAAAAAGCGAAAUAUGUCUAUUUCGAAUCCACGUCAACGAAGUAUUUCACAAUAUUUUACUCCUAGAAGUGGUAUCAGUAAAGAAGACGUGAACUUCCUCGUUAAACCAACUGCAAAUCUCUCUACGCCCGGUAUUGCAACCUCUGGUUCUGUUUUGAACGGACAGCGCGGAUUCACGGAUCAAGUGACACUUUCACCCACACUUGGAUUCACUUCAGCCGCUAACAUUUAUUUGCAAACUGGAAAAUGGAGCUCAGGAACUCAAAAGCACUCAAUUGCAUCUGUGGAGCGCAAUUUAGCGAGUGUUACUAGCCAACCGGAGGAUUUCCAAGUUCCUUGUAAUUCCAGCUCAAAAACUUGUUCCUCUGAAGGAAAACAAUCGCUCAUUGACGGAUAUACACGUGUUCCUGACUUUGUGGCUUCAUCUUCGUUCUCUUCGCCAUCUUCCAGUUCUUGUUUAAAUACGCUUACAUCCAGUUUAUCAUCGUCGAGUCCGUCGGCGCGAAACAUGAAACGCGCUCCUCGAUCAACCAGAACGCAAAAGAACUUGAAGGGAAAAUCUGGAAAAAAUCAGAGGAGUGCCUUGAAUACCAUCUUCAUCAAAAGCGAUGAUGAAGGUUCUUCAAAUGACAGUGACUGCUGUUUAACAAUGAACGUUGUUCAUGGAAGAAAAGCUAAGCAUGAUUCUGAUGUGAGAGGAAACUCUACAUAUAGUACAUCACAAGCUUACUGGAAUGAUUCCUGCAUUCAAAGUAGUCAAGUGAGCCUGGAAAGUGCAGUCAGCAAAAGAGGAUGCAAUAAAAAUAAUUCUAUAUCUUCUCAAUCUACUAAGCAAGCCAAAACAAAAUCAUCAUCAAGUUCAACAUUUGGUCUUUUUGGUGGUGACAUUAUUGAUUCUGAUGAGGAAGACGAUUCGCAAGAUUUCAAUCAAUGUAGUACUGAUUUAACUCAUUUGCCUGUGGAGAUUAUGGAGAACAUUUUGUGUCAAUUGCCUAUAGUGGAUUUGAUGUUGAAUUGUGCCUUAGUGUGCCGUCAGUGGUACAACAUAAUAUCAAAGGAUUCUGUAAGUUCAGUAAAUAUAUACUUUUUUCAACAGAAUACAGCAAAUAUUAUUUUGUCCUUAAAACAUCUUAACCCUUUAACUCCCAGAAGUGAUUAACAUAAAACUUCUCCCUACAAUAUCCACACAUUCUUCAGCAAACAGGUAAUGAGAAUAUUCAAACUUAUCAGGUAGAAGCUGCUAUCUUGAUCUAACACCAAGUUCUCAUAACUAAUUUACAAGGAAAUGUUUAGCAGCUAGAUGGGAGAAUUAAUAAUCAGAUCUUGGGAGUUAAAGGGUUAAACCCUUUUACAGACUGUAUCUUGUAACUUAGGAUAGUAAUUGUAGUCUUAAUACAACUGAUUUUGUUUUUUCUUGUUUUAUACAUUAAUUUUUCUUUCACAUACUGAUUUGUAUUUUAGUUCAUUCCUUGGAAGAAGAAAUAUUUUCUUCUAAAGAAAAAGGACAAUUCAUCUGAAGAUUUUAUGAUUGAACUACUGGAGAGAAAAGGACUACUAGAGGUGGAUUUGUUUCCACUGAAUCUCUCAAGGUAUAUGUAAUAAUUUUCUAUUGUACACAUUUCUAAUGGUUAUGUAUACUGUACCAUGUACGUACAUAUAGCAACUAUAUGACAACAGAGCUGCUUGGGAUGCAACAAGCCAACAAUUGUGUGAGAGUUUAAUGGUUGUAUAUUAAUUUAGUACAUCUAAUCAUGACAACCCUUUUGAUGGCCUCAAUCCAGGCACUGUUGUUUUGUUGAUCACAGGAAAAAAAACAGUUAUCUUUUAAAUGCUAACCCCAUGGUGGACAGAGCAUGAGAGUAGGAACUUUGAAAUAUGAAGCAACUAAAACAGAAUGAUUUUAUUAACAUAUUAACCCAUUAGCCCUUAAGAGCGACUAGCAACUAAUUUCUCCUCGGUAUAUCUCCCUGAAUCACAGAUUAAGGUCAUGAGAAUGAAGGAAAUGAUGCCCCAAAAAAAGAAGCUUUUGAUUAGUAAACAAAUUCUCCUUGUCAGCACCUUAAGAAAUGUACAAAGAACAGUAUGGAGAAUAUGCAUGAUGACAUUAGGGUGGAAAAGGUUAACCAUAUUAGUUCUAUUAACAAUGAAAAAGUUUUUAUUAUUUUGUAGUUUUAUGAAAGAUUUUAAAAGAAAAGGGAGCUUGUCUUUGAUAGAAGAGUUGAAGACACAUUCCAAGUUCCCAUUGAUAGGGACAUUCUUGGAAACUCUGACUGGCAGCUCAAAAGAGGUACAAUAUCACAUGAUUUUUGUUAGGUGCUUAUAUAGUUAGUUCAGAUGUGUCAAUACUAUCUCUUUUCCAGAGGGAUGUGCAAAUGCUGAGAAGUAUGGAGUAGUAGUGCUUUCAUGGCUUUUCAAGUGUUCUGUCAAAUAUGUUGACCAAACUCUACUUUUAUCUUGCGAAACAUUGGCAAGAUCAAAAGUCUUAUAGCACUGAAUAACAAAGACACAUAAAUCAUGCAUGUAUUUCAUCAGUCAUGCAUGAAAAUCAUAUAUGCACAUCUGACGACUCUGCAUCUGAGUGUGUAAAAUGCUUCUGCGCAGUUAACAUAUAUCUGAGUGGUACUGGAACUUGUAAUGUAAUCUUUACAAAAUCAGAUUUAAAGGAUUUCAAAAUUGCAACCGUUAACUACUAUUACUAUAAUGAUUAUCCAAUGAAGAUAAUUCUAAUUUUCUUGAUCUCCCAGAAGACAAUUGUGUACCAAGUGUUCUCCUUUUAAGGCCUUCAUUUACUGCUUUUAGUACCUCUUAUUACUUAGUGCUGAAAUUGCUUUGAAUUCUUAAAAGUUCAACAGUUAAAGGGAUUCCUUUACCAGUUUGUAAAAAUAACAUGUGUCCAUGUAUGUUAAUCAUGUGUAUUCACCCAAUUUAAGCAUACACUCUCUUUGUCCAAGGUUCCUAGUCCUUGGUCUGUUGUAGCACUUCUGACACUGGUUUGCCAAACAGUUUAUGAAGUACAAGAAAUAAUCCGUUGUUUGACAAGGUCCACUUCCUGUCUGGUACAUGACAUUCUGGAAUGUCUUUACUGUCUGGCAUCAAUCUUUUACUACCUGGAGUCACAAAACAGAGUUGGAAGUGGGUAUGUCUGCCAAUAGAUUGGGUUGCUUUAGAUUAGAUUCUAAUAUACAUUGCUACAAUAUACACCUACUUGUAUGUGCCUAAUGAUUAUUGCACUGUAAGUAAACAAGAAAUUUUUGCAUGUCAAAUAAUUCUUAGGAUGAAGUUAUGAAAUACAUUGAUAUUCUCUACACAGGGAUUUCGAUAACUUUUUCCAUAUGGUACUGCCAAUGGUAUAGAAGGUGACUGUACAGUAAGGCAAAAGCAAAUCACAAGAGCUUAACCCUUUAACUCCCUGAUCAAAUUUGUAAUUCUCAUUACUGUCAAUCAUACAAUUCUUGUAAUGUUAGUUCAGAGAAUUUAGUAUUGGAUCAAUUAACUAUCCCUAAAUUGAAAUUUUUCUUUCUUCUCAACACUUAUCUGGUUGAUAUUGUAUGGAUAUUGUAAGGAGAGGUCUCACAGGCAGUAGCUUUUAUUUAAACCAAGUUGUAAUGCCAAUUUAGCAAGAUCAACCUGUCAAAUGAUAAAUUUAAGUGAUGUUUGAAGUGUUCUUCCUGCCUUUCAUACUGCAUUUUGGUUUUUUUUUCUCUAAUCAGUCUUCACUACAGAGUGUUCUAUACACUGUAUUUGUAUGAGAAUGCAUUUCAAGCCACAUGUGCAUCUCUUGGUUCUGUGUUUGGUCAGAAUUCUACUGGACAGCAGUCAAUGAUGCGAUACAGGUAAUAUGGGGACUGAUUUUGGAAAUUGCAUUUCUAGAACUUUCAGAUUGAUCACUCAAUCUCAGCUAUCAGCUAAGAUAGAAAAUUACCCUACUAGAUACUGUAUUACAAAGCUGUUUUUCUUUUUCGCUGAUGUAAAAUGCCUGAUCAGAGAAGCAGAAGAGAUAUAAAACAAGUGGAUGUACUUGUCUUUACCACACUUGAAAAUCCUGGUGAACAAAGAGUGCAAAAUUUUUCUGAAGAUUUUUUUGCAGGAGAGUUUUCAGUGUCUAAAUUAACUGCAAUCUGUCAGCUGCCACCCUUUAUGAAUGUGAAAGAAAUCUGAGGAAUAAUUUCUUUCCCCAUAGGUCAUCCUUUGACAAGCUGCAGCUUACCCAUGAGCAAGUUCGCAUUAUCAAACAUGAUGUCGAAGUGGGAGAGAUCAUAAAAAUUGUAGCAUUUGCAGGUGAGAUGGUUUUUUUGUAGAUAUUUAAAUACCUGGCUCUGCAGUAGGUUAACUGGAAGUGAGUUUUCUGACUGGCAAUCUUAACGAGCAAUCUUAGUCCACAUUGCCUGGUAUGUUUGUGAUUGUCUAAACUGUAUACAAACAAAAUUAUGUUUAUUUAGGAUAUCAGAGAAUUCUCUGUCCACUAUAAAUAAUAUCUGGAUAAAAUUCCUGAACUUUCUUUCUUUAUGUGCAAAGAAUAUAAUUAUAAUGUAAUUUAUACUCAAUUGACCACUCCCCAAAUGGGGAUUUUCACCUGAUAAAUACAAACAAAUUAGGAAGAAAAGUUGUGAAAAAAACUUGAUGGGAGGCUGACCAGUUGGCUCUAUACAAAGUGCAGCCAAGGAGUUGAAUUUAGGACAAGCAAGAACAAAUCCAGUGAGAAGCAUGGUGGAGGGCUAAAACCUAACAUCACAGAAUCCAGCACAUUUCCUUAAACUCUUGGCCACACUGCUUUAAGCUCAAUUUAGCCCUUUUAUUUCUCACGACAUUGCUGCUACAAUUCUCAACGAAACCCUGAUGUAAUUUUUGUUUUCAAGGAACUGGUAAGACUACAACUCUUGUUGAGUACACCAAGAUGAGGCCCAUGGAACGAUUCCUUAAUGUGGCGUACAACAAGUGAGUGAACAUACUACAUGGGGUAAACUUUCCCUUGGAAUCUCUUGAGUUGUAAAAGUGAAAGAGAAAGGGACUUUGAAGAGUUAAUGAGCAGUCUUGAAACAGAGCUACUUUAAAUUUUGCAAACGCUUUUGCUCCAUUUGCACUCGCAGGCGUCUUGUUAGGGCAAGCUAACGUUAUAAGCUCACGAUCGUUUAUCCUAGCGGCCGUGUUUGAUUUGGAGUUAGAGUGGACGGUAAGGGUAGGGGACUGGGGAGGGCGAGAAGACAUUUUGAUUUCAGUAGUGUUUCUACAAGCUGCAGUCUGAAAUGACACUUUUACCUAGUGUCUUAGUACUCGUGAUCCAUUCAGCUUAUCAUAUUUAAAUUCCGUUUCUUUUUUUUUUGUUUUUUUUGUUUGUUUUUUGUUUUUGUUUUUGUUUGUCUUUAGGUCAAUUCAGGAACAUGCUGCUAAGAUGUUCCCUAGCAAUGUUGAGAACCGUACAAUCCACUCGCUUGCCUACAGGAAAGUGGGAUUUAGGUUAGAAGAACAGUAUUCUUGAUUUUAAUGCACUGCAAUUGACACGUGUUGAGAUGUAUUAGUACUACUGUAGUUAGUCAUUAGGCUUGAUCUUCCUCUUGAAUGUGGAUUACUGUUGUUGUUUUUUUUAAUUCUUUUUUUGCGGUCCAAAAGUUGCGGCUUUUUAUCGUGGUUGUUGUUGAUGUUCUUGUUGUUGUGUUUUUACGAAUUGAGAAAACUGGCAAAUUAUCUUGCCGAUGUGACUCCUAGCUUGAUUCCUUGUGAAUCCUGCACACGUAGGUGUAGUUUGUAUCGUAGUGGGCCAGACGAACUCGCUGAGAAAACAUCUUCUAGGGGGAGAAAAAGAGAACUGCCAAAAUUAUAUACAGGUGGAAGUUCAUGGUUGAUGCCCUAUGUUCCCCAGCAGGUUCAGAGAUGGCCUGAUCUAAAGUCUUCAUACCAACACAAGAGUACAAAAUUUGUAUCCACGCGUAGCCAUACAACAUCCUCUAAAGCAUUAAUUCAUUUAUUUAGAUACAGACACAAGCUUACGUAUCGUUUACGGAUCAGUACUAUCAUGAAUGCCCUUCCCUCCAAUUGCGGAUAUCUUCAUGCCCGACGCGUUGAAGAAACUCUUAAUAACUUCAUAGCAUCUGCUGACACCACCGUGAACCCCAAACAUGUACCAGCGGCUAAGAGAACCUUAGUGGAGGUUUCCUCUUCAGAAGGAAGCGAGAUUGUGGUAUCUAUCUUUGGUGAACACGGUACAGAUACAAGUUAUUUGAACAGCGACCAGUACAUUCAGGUAGGUUGAUUUGAUUUACAAGACGCAUAGGUAGAUUUAUUUUAAACUUACGUGACAUGUGCUUCGAGCGGUCAUUUAGCGAUAAACAGUCAAUGUGGUUUUUAAAACAGAAGCAAAGAAAUACACUGAAACUAGCAAUGACAAGGCUACUAUGAGCGACAUCUGGCGAGGGGAUCAUACGAACCUACGUGACAGUUAAGAUACAUAAAAUAAACAACAAACGAAUUUUAAACGAAGACAAUCUGCUUCGUAACUUUUGGCGCCAACGAGAUAUUUGGAUGGAAACGGGAGGAGUCAGGUGCUAGCGCUUUGGUAGGUUUACAACUGAAAAUUCUGUUGAAAACACGGGGUAUUGAGUCUAACAUGGUUAUGUUUGACUGCUUUUGUUAUAACUUAACCCCUAGCAGCGUGCAGCACCUUUGUUAUGUAUGAACAUAGUGUACGGCCGCGCCAACUUCUCAAAAUUCAAUUUAUAUGGUUUUCCACCACGGCAUUCUGUUUCCUAUUUUGUAUUUUGUCGUAACUUAAACGGGAGAUGGCAGGAGACAUGUCAAAAAUGUUGUGUCAGAUUAAAAAAAAUGUUGUGUCCUUUAUUGAGAUCAGUCGAGUUUUACGUUAAGUUUUCAUAGCGAAAGGGUUCAUGUAUCCGGAAAGGGCAAUAUUUGAAAGCCAAUUUCUAACAUCUAUAUGGAUUAUAUUCGAAAUUUAUUGUACUAGGCUGUUUUUGUUUUUUUGCUACUUAUGGAUACCCGUGGAUAAAGUAUAGUUGACAUGGUUGUCUGAAUUUCAUUUUAACUGUAGAAAGUUGUCUCACAUGCGCAUGGCUUAUGGGAGAGAAUGAAAGAUCAAGGAGAUAGAGAAUUCCCAAUCACUCAUGAUGGUAAGUGUGCAAUCUUUUUUAUAACUCUACGUCAGAAUACAGAACGCACCCGUGCAGUAAGUGGUUGCUAGAUCCCUAGCCCAGGCCUCUCGUCCAGCGUGCAAACCGUGAGGCCACCUUGAAUUACAGAAUGAUUUACACUAAUAAUUUUUUCCAGGCUACCUUAAGAUUUAUCAACUCAACCGGCCAGUUCUUGAUGGAUAUGACUGUCUCCUUGUUGAUGAAGCUCAGGACUGUACUCCUGGUGAGUAAAAGACUCUUUGCAUGCAUAAGAAUUCAUUGUAUCCAAUCAUCCUUGACGAUAAUUUUAAAUUGAUUUUCAACAGUAAUCCGGUAUUUUAUUGAAUUGCUUCAUUGCUCUCCAAACUUGAACCAUUACAUUAAAAGCCAUAGUUAUUUAAACUCGUCUGGACGAUAUGAAUUGGAUGCAUGUUAACACGUGUCGCAUGUUAUAUUGUAGCUGCCUCCGAUAUUCUUCUCAGUCAGUCUUGUGCAAAGAUUUUAGUGGGAGACCCCCAUCAGCAGAUAUAUGCGUUUCGCGGAGCAAGAAAUGCUCUUCAGGAGGUGAAAGGCACCCACACGUUUUACCUCACUCAGGUUAGUUGGUGACUCUGACAAUAACUGUAACGAUAGUGAUAGCUUCUGCUACUGCUACUACUACUACUACUACUACUACUAAUAAUAAUGAUAAUAACAAUAACAGUAAGAUGAUAAUGAUAAUAACAGUUAUUAAUAUUACUGGGAAGAAUAAAAGAAAUAGGAAAGGAAGGAAGAAAAAGACAGAGUUAAAGAAAGAAGGAAAGAAAGAAAGAAAAUAGCGUUGUUUUUACAAAUUAUCUCAUGUAACUAAAUGAAAUACAAAAGAAGAGAAAAAAAACGAAGAAACAAGAAAUUAAACAACGAAAUCAACGAAUAGAGAAAUAAAAAUGAAUAGUUCACUGAAUAAAUACACAUAACCUUUAGAUUCCUUAACAAAAACAAAAAACAAAAAACAAAAUAACAGUAGCAAUGGACACUAAAUGGGGGUGGGGGGGGGUGGAGACAUUUCCGUUUGGUUGGAGUAGUUGUUGUUGUUGUUGUUGUUGUUGUUUUUGUUGUUUUUGUCACGACAUGAUGGUUAUACAAUAUAGAAGCAUGGAAUUCGCUUCAACGCACAUUUCUAUGUUUCUUAACUGUAACAGAGCGUGUGAAAUCUUCUUACAUUUGAGUUCUGUUGGUUUACAGUCAUUCAGAUUUGGUCCGGAGAUAGCUCAUGUUGCGUCUUGUGUUUUGGACGUGUUGAAAGGUGUGCGGAACAAGACUUUGGUUGGAGGAGCUAAGAAAGGUAGAUACUACGUCUGAAAUUUAUUUAAAUUGCAAGGGUUAUUUGUAAGAUCAAUACUCCCACUGAACCAAUUCGUUGCCGUAAAUAUCACUCAUUGAUAUAAAUCUGGGUUUUAGCAUUAAGUUGGUGUCGCUUUACUGCCUUCUUCCAUUGCUCUCAAAAACUUCCGCCGUCACCUCAAUCGGUCUGAUGCAGAACCAAAACUAGUUUUGACAUGGUUCCUCUCAUUCUCCCGCGCUCAAGGCAGUCGACUUGUUUUUGCUUUGUUUUCCCACUGGCCCCUGGUGAUAUUUUACUUCAUUCUGUUUGUCCAUCGCGACUAAUCUGGUUUUGAUUUCACGACACAUAGUUGUAAGGCGUCCGGCAUAAGCUAGUUGAGAAGGCUGCGUUACUAGAAUAGGAAAAACCUUUCAUUGUUUAUGACUGUUGGGGUUUUGAUCAGCACAAUGGAUCGUUAUGUUAUGUAUUGUUCAUUUUGUAGGCUCAGUGUUUGGUGAACAAUCCGGUCAGCUGUGCGUGAUUACACGCUGUAACUAUACUCUGUUCAACGAGGCUGUUAAUGUGUGCUGUGCGAAUAACGACAAAAGAGUUGGUUUUGUUGGGGUGAGGCGUGAUUGAAAUUUUUUUUUUUUUUUCAUAAGUUCGUGUAUCAUCUGACCCGCGCGGCUCACCGUUUAAGGGGCGUGCGCGGUAGCACGAGCUGUGUUAAAAAGUUAUGCGUACGGCCCUGUGAGAUGCAAAACCGCGAGAAGAACGGAAGAAACAGUCAGAGCGGCAGGUGCAUGAUAAAAUGAUUAUCGACUGGGCUAAGUCUUGUCGGACAGGGAAAAUGCAUCAGUACUGUUGGAAGGAUUCUUUUUCGGUCACUCUUGGGACCAUGCCCUGGGUCAUGUCUAGAGCAUACAAUUCUUGCUGAGAACGAAAUACAGGAAAAUAAUCAUGCUUACAUGAAGUACCACACAAACCGGCACAUGCGAGAACAUUCGUCCACAUCUCACAUCAAACUGUAAUCUUAAACGAGUACUUAAGAUACAUUUUGCUUACAAACAUCAUUCUGUUCCUUCUCUCUCUUUUCAGGGUCUUAAAAGCCUCGCGCUUGAUCGAGUGUUGGACAUCCACAAACUGUUUACUGCUGAUACAAACAAACGUAAGUGACAUUAAACACGAUAGGGAUUGUCAGUGAUCGAUGCGUGUAUGGCGGACAUACUUCACCAGCUUUAAAGUGGAGUUUGGUACAAAAAAUACCAAAAACACUCGAGUAUUGUCGGCUAGAAGAUGAUAGGACCUAUAAACGAGGGUUAGAUCAUUGUUUGUGGUAAUUUUGCAUAUGUGUGUGCUCUGAUUGGUCAUUAGGCCAUUUCCGAUUUACCUUUGCCUCUUUUUCAAAACGAGGCGUGGUGCUUAACCAUUCGUACGAAAAUGAGUUUAAUUUGCAUGUGAAUGAAAAGUUAUGAUCAUAGGAAAGGAUGAGCAUCAGGACUCGCUUUGAAAAUGAGGCCAAAGUUAAUUCGGAAAUAGCCUAUUAUCGGGUCUUUUCUUGGGGAAUCAUCCCGGGCGACUUGAAUGCAACAAAUAAUUAGUUAUUUUCAAAAUGAUUCCAAGCUAUUUCUCGAAUUUCUGAAGAAAAAGAAGCCAAAAACAAACGAAAUAAAAUGCGGUUGCUCUGAUAACCACUCAUGUAAUGAUACUGAAAAACAAAUUUAUUCUCCGCGAGGUCGAUGAUUGUCCAAUGAUCGCUUCAACUUUUACGCUAAGAUUGGCCGUCAUAUCAUGUCGCCGGCAACAAAUAACUGUGAUAAUGUCAUCUAGUCAACGCUUCUUUUAUUACCAGUGUUUUCUCCAGGGGUAAGCAGUGUAUCGUUUAGUUAUGAGCAUAUAUGCACUUUGAAACAGUUCGCAGAUCGAUGAAAAUUAAAGAAAAAAAUGACAUGGCUUGGAGCAUAAAUUGUUUCUUUUUCUUGUAGCGCACUCAGGAAUCAAGGACGCUUUAAUCAAGAAAUUCCGUUCAUUUUCUGAAUUGAAGAAGUAUGCGAAAUGUGCUCCUGACCCAGAACUGCUUGGCAAGAUUAAGGUUUGUACCACGCCUUAUAUACUUAAAAGGUUACUCGAUAUCUUACAGGAUCCUCAGCUUAGUCAGACAGUGAGAUACGUUAUGUCACGAGAAACCACAACAACUUUUGACGCGGACACUUUUUGACCGCGUCAUCAGUUUUGCUUUACUUCGCUCUGUGAUUGGUCCAAAAAACGCGCGCCACUCUCAACCAAUCAGAUACAAAACUAAAAAUAAAUGCAACUCAGUCGCGCACGUUUGUCCAGCGUCUUAGGCAAUGUGCUUUCACUAUUGAAGUUACUGUGGUUUUUGUUGUUUUUUUAUUCGUUCUUAUAAAUAAAUCAAACACAGUUUACUCAAAUGGGAAGCAACUACACUUUAGUUUCACUUGUUGUUUCAGAUCGUCGAGACACAUCAUGUUAUGCUGCCGCAAAGGAUUGAGAAGAUAACUUCCAAAGCCGUUGGAAACCUACGGCAGGCGGGUAUGAAAGUUAAGAUAUUGUGAAGCUCUAUAAUUGUUGGUCCCUCUUAACUGGAAAAGGAAAUUUUGUGAAAUUUUAUAAACCAAACGGAACAAGAGAAAAAAAACCAUAAUUAACCGAUAGACAAACAAGUAAAAACUGUUUGUAACCAGGUACAUAUCCACGAUUUCUAAGAGGCUAGAAAAGUGCGGUCUUUAAAGGUAAGGCUAUUCAGAAGGAAAAAGAAAAACAAGUACAAACGCAAAAACAAAGCAAAACAAGCAAAAAAUUUCUUUCGCGAGCAUUAGUCGACUACUUCAGGCUACAUGUAUGCUAAAAUGAAAUCAUAAAGUGACUGCAAGUUAGAGAGGGUUUCUAUGGAGUUUCGAAUACAAUCUGAUUGCCUUAAUUUUGUUUAACUGCACCCACUUACUGGUGUUUAUCUUGCUCUCUGGGUUACAUGCACUCUUUUUUGAGCUAAAGGUGUCACGUUUACUCUUUUCCUUUCACCACUUUGCUAAUACAUCUGCUGGCACAGUUUUCCAGCUACAGUCACAAUCCCUUUCGCUACGCAAGCUACUUUUGUCUUAUGAAGCCUUAGUAUCCUUUGAUGUGCUUAUCAUUUCUGCCUUUGUUUAUUUUUGUUUUUGUUUUCUUCCUCGCAGAUAUUGUUUUCUCCACAGCACACAAAGCCAAAGGGCUUGAAUUCGACACAGUUCGUGUCACAGAUGAUUUUCUACCCGGAACAGACAUUGGUGUGCCAUUACGUAAGUAAAACAUUUUUUUUUUACGAGCGGGUGAGGUCAGGUGUGAAUCCUCCAUCCCGGUGGGGAUUCACACCACAGUCAGCUCUUUUUUUUGCACUCGGAUAGUCUAACAUCCCAACUACAGAAAACACUGCCUUUGUUUCUAGAUUUUCACUCACACAUGUUUAUUUACCCAUCCUUUCCGCCAAAAAUCCGCAGCCAGGAGCAUUGUCACUACUACUUUCGCCUACUAUUGUCCAGCAAUAUAUCAAUAACCUUUGACUCUGUGCCGGCGUCCUUUGAUGCUUCUGAGUAGCGGAAGACACUGUGACACUCAAAUGCUCAAGGGCAGCGCAAAAUAAUCUCGGGCAUGAAUUGGACUCAAAAACUGCGACCCAGAAUCUAGUUUGUUAAUCAGUUCUCUCCUCUAGCUGCUACAUAUUUCCUUGUAAAUUAGUUACGAGAAUUUGGUGUUAGAUCAAGAUUGCAACUUCUACCUGAUUAGUCUGAGUAUUCUCGUUACUUUUUUACUGGAUAAUGUAUGGUUAUUAUGGGGAGAAGUUACAUGUUAAUCACUUCUGUGAGUUAAAGGGUUAAACACAAGACAACCAGAAUUCCCUUUUGAUUCAAGUAUCCUGUGUAAUAUGUUUAGAUGACCAUGGUGAAGAUGAAAGAAACCUGGUGUAUGUCGCCGUCAGUCGAGCAAAGAAGUGCCUCCAACUCAAUAGUACGAUUCUCAACAUUCUUGGGUACAGAAAGGUAAGCCACUCGGUGUAACAUGAACUGAAGCUUGCCCUGUAUUGUUGUAUGUACCUCGUUUUUUAGUUCUGCUCUUUGACUUCUCUUGUUCAGCAUCAGUUACGAGUACAUGUUUUUGAACCUUCUGAUUAGUUUAUGUUUUUGUCACUUUUAGGAACAUUUCGUGGAGUUGGUAUCACCGAAGGAGUUGUCUCAGGUAUCAGUCGUUCUGACAAAGGGCUAACACUCGAAACAUCAACUUAAAAUUCUCUCUGGUGGGCAAUUUACAUUAUCAACUUAGUUGGUAAAACCGAAUUAUCUUUUUCAUUUGCAGCCGGCCUUCUGUGUAAACUGUAAGAAAGAUGUCGAGUUUUCUCCGCGGCCUCACGUUGUGAUUCAGAAAGAAAAUGUUGUACUGGUAAGCUGAAAACUUCGCAAGUGGGUUUUGUUUUGAUGAUAGAUUUUCCAAUUGUGCGUGAUAUAGUACGUAAUUCUUAAAUAUGUGCUCGUGUCCAAGAGAAAAGUGCGUUGGUCAGCACAUCAUAGACAUGUGUGUACACACGUGCGUGCAGUGCGCUUUUGGUGUGAAUGUGAGUGAGUAUUGUGCAGGUUUGUUCGUUUGCUACGUGAAGGAUAGUAUUGACAACCUUAUCUUAUUUUUGUCAACUGUCUGGGAUAUUUAGCUUUUUCUUGUUGUAGUUGUUGUUUCAUUGUGUUUGCUUUUGUUGUUGUUUGUUUUUUUCUGUACUAGAACCGUAAUGAUUGGCACCCUGUAGUUAUCUGAGCAACUGCUCACCUACUCUGCCCUAAAACCAAACAUUAACCAUGACUUGUUCUCAGUUAACUGUUCUUGGGGGAGGGGUAUAGGUGUCAGUUGAUCUGAUACUUACAUUAAUCCGACGUUUUCGUAGACAAACUUUUCCUUGCUUAGUCUUCCUUGUCUCUUCAGUCUUCCUUAUAAAUUUACGUGUCCAGACAGAGGGUGACGGGGAAGGAAUGCAUAGAAUACAGAAGAAUUGCAGCGAAGGAGAUUAGUGUACUUGCCGAGGCAGCAAAACCUCCGAGCUAGGGUAAUUGAGGCUAUAAAACCGUUUUCGUCUUAACUCUGCUGAGGUUUUCUUUUUUUCUCUAGGGUGGAAACGUGACCAUGGCUGGAGGCGUUCUUUGUCCUACGUGUGCUGCUGAUACAAUACCACAUUUAGGAUGUCUAGUUUCUGUAAACAAAGAAAGUUGAGUGCUUCAUUUCCAAGGGCAGAAUGUUAAUUGGAAUGAUGUAUGAAAGAGCAUAUAGAAUUAGAUGUAUCAAAUGUUGUACUUAUUUUAAGAUAGUUAUAAUGAUAUUAAUGCAUAUGAUAAUAACGGUAAUAAUAAGCAAUUAGUGGUGAGUUUAAGCAUGAUAUCAUAAGUUAUCAAAAACCGACGCUAAGGCUGAUAACACAGAUGCGAGGUUUGAUAAUUCAUGAUAUCGAGCGAAAAUUAAUUAAAAAUAAUUGUUUUAUUACACAUUUUGUCAACAAUCUGCUAAAGAAGACACUUUCCCUGAGUUUGAAAAAGUUUGGAAACACUACACGAACGAGAGACUUGUAAAAUAAGGGAGACUUUGAACUCGACAUGAUAAAUGCCUUAUCCUCUGCAGAUAUUGCAUUUAUCAUGUCAUCUUCACACGCUAUUGUAAUUCAGAUUUUCAUAGUAACUCUAAUGUAUGGUAAUACCAUUACUUUUUCUUUCUGUUUUAUUUAAUCAUGUCAUCUCCACGCGCUAUUUAUCUUAAUGGAAUGCUCGUGCAAAUUCAUAUUUUUCAUAGUAAGUCUAUUAUAUAGUAAUAAAUAUCAUUUUUCCUAUUCAGAUUUUUCAUAGUAACUCUAAUGCAUGAUAAAUAAUGGUAAUUGAACUGAGUGAAGUGCAAUUUGGGCUGAAAUCAUACGCGUGAUUUCAAAAUCGAACAAGCGCGCAGCGUGAGUUCGAUUUGAAAUCAUAAGUAUGAUUUCAGACCAAAAUUGCUCAACACGAGGUUCAAUUACCACUUUAUUACACCCAUUUUGAAAUCGCUCAAAUACAGGACUUGGUCAGUUCAAUUUUUUUUUUAAUUGAUGCAGUACUUAGCCGGUUUGAGAUUAAAUUCAUCCAUUUUUUGAGGGGAAAAAAUGAGAGUUUUAGAAACAAAAGUUGCAAAAUUUGCCACAUGAUACUCUUUGUCUUUCACGCCUUGAAAUCUGAUUGGUUGUUUUGUUCUCAGUAUAGCCUCCUCAUUGACUGGGAAAAAGAUGAGAUUUAAAGCAAAAAAAGUGGUGCGAUUUAGAGCUAAUCAGAUUACAGGGACCACCAGUGAUUUCAAAAUGGGUGUAACUUUUUUUUUGUUUUUUUAAUUGCUUGGUUUUGGGAAGAGCUGGUGGCCGCGAAGUUGACAUCCGUUCAAAACGGUAGAAUUGAUUUAUCAGUAUACAUUCUCGAACAAGCUUUACGUUGCCUUACAUCGUUGUUAAAAGGAAAGUACGGUUUGGAAAAGUUUACCUAAUUCAGAAGUUCCUCAAUUGCGUUGACUUACUGGCCAUCCAUUUGAGCUAAAAACAUUUUUGUUACGAUUAAUCCCGUUCCAAAACUCGAACCACUGAGCCACAGACUCUACGGUGGGUGAGGUCCACUACGAAGUUCAUAUGACACGCGUCCCGCGCACAGCUGGGAUCAGUUAUGUCGGUAGCGUCAUGCCCUGUAAAUAGAAUAAGAGAGAUUGUAUGUUUUGAGCUCGGUAAGUAAAUAGAGAAAGAUGCCUGCAUAUCAUCGGAUCUGUAUAGAGAUUGAUGCAGGUGCAAUCAUAGCAUUAGUAUAAUUAUUGGCAAAGCCUAGCAAUAUGGUGGAUUGGUUACCUUUCUUAGAUUAUGUCCAGGCAUAAGUAAGGUAAUUACCAUGAUUGAUGCUGAGAAAUUGGGGGAACCAGUCUGUGCACCAAUUUCCUGACACUCUCUGUUGAGCUAUUGAGUUGUAGAGCAGCAAGUUUUGGGG